AUGGCUCAGAAGCGCUUGAUGCAGGAGCUGCAGGCUCUUCAAAAGGAGAAGUGGGUGACCAUCGAGACGGACGAAACUAAUCUCCUACGAUGGAAAGUUGGGCUUUGGGUUGUGAAUCCAGACAGCAUCUGGCAUGGCGCAUACCUUCGCGCCGACAUGCGAUUCCCUACCGAGUACCCUUACCAGCCGCCGACCUUUAAAUUCCUAACCAAAGGCAUUUGCCAUCCGAAUGUCUACACCGACGGCCACCUCUGCAUCUCUAUCCUCCACAGACCAGGCGACGACGAGCAGUCCGGCGAACUGGCAAGCGAACGAUGGAACGUCCUCCACGGCGUUGAAUCCGUCCUCCGAUCCGUCCUCCUCCUCAUGGACGACCCGGAAAUCAACUCGCCCGCCAACGUCGACGCCAGCGUACUUUACCGCGACAAGCGGGACGAAUACGACGCCCACGCCAAGGACGUUGUCAACCGCACGCAGUCGGACAUCCCAGACGGCGUGCGAAUGCCCACGACAUCGGAGCUGGCUCCCGUUCCCGUGAAGCCCGUCGAGGACGAUGCCGAUUUCUGGAACAUGUCUGACGAGGAGGAAGACUUUGGAGGCAGCGAUAGUGAUGAGGAUAUGGGCGACUUUGAGGAAGACGAUGAUGAUGAGGAUGACGACGAGGACGAUGAGACAAAGUGA